AGCAGGAAGACUUAAACUUUGUUUUGAUUUCAUUUGUGUUUGUUUUCUUCCUGUAUUUCGAAGUUUGAUGAAAUGUACUGUUCGUCAUCAGAUGCACCAUUAUUUGUUUCCACUUCAUUGUUAUAGUUUGAUUCUGUAAUCGAAGAUUACUCUGCAUAGAAAUAUACUUUUGUUUUACGUCAUGGCUAAACGUUGCUUUUCUGCAGUUGAAAACUGGGCACCCAUAAUGAAUUUAAUUUUCGAGCGUUUAGAGAGACACUUAUCUAUAGAUAUUUUAGAACAUGACUGCCUCUGAAUUCGAUAUACCUUUUCGUAAAACAGAGGUAACCGAUUGAAGUGGCGAACAAAAUUAUUAAAAUUUAUUACUGAAGAACGUUCUACUGCGUAUUUGUUUUCUUAUAUAAUGACUUCCUGUGGAUUUGAAUCGGCACUUGUUAUUGAAACUCAUGACAUGCAUACUGCUGGUGAGCCACUAAGAAUAGUGGAAAAAUUUCCUUCUUUAGAAGGGUCUACAGUUUUAGAAAAGAGGAAAUAUGUGAAAACACAAUAUGAUUACUACCGUAGAUUUUUAAUGACUGAACCUAGAGGUCAUAAUGAUAUGUAUGGUGCUAUUCUAAUUCCAAAACUAGGAUUUGAUAAUGAAUUUGAAGUAAUAUUUAUGCAUAAUGAAGGUUAUAGUUCUAUGUGUGGUCAUGGUGUUAUAGCUCUAGGACGUUAUGUUGUUGACCAGGGAUUGGUAUCUCCAUCCUCUCCUGAGACUGAGAUAAUUUUUCAUUGCCCCUGUGGACCUGUAAAGACAUAUGUUCAAUAUAAUAAUGGAGUCAGUGGCCCAGUUCGCUUUCAGAGUAUGCCAGCAUUUUUGUACAAAUCUGGUGCCAAAAUAAAUGUUAAGAAUUUGGGAUCAGUUGAAGUUGACAUAGCUUAUGGUGGAGCAUUUUAUGCAUUUGUGAGUGCUAGUGAUAUUAAUGUGGAUUUAGACAUAACACCAUUAUCACAACUUGUAGAUACAGCUGCAAUGAUUACAGAGGCUGCAAAAGAGCAACUGACUAUAAAACAUCCAGAAUCUGAUGAACUGUCAUUUCUUUAUGGCACUAUUAUUACAGAUGGAAAGGAUAAAUAUUCUGAAAGUCCAACCAAGAAUAUUUGUGUAUUUGCAGAUAAGCAGGUGGAUCGUAGCCCUACUGGAUCUGGUGUAACAGCUCGCAUAGCACUUCAAUUUAAAAAAGGUUUAAUAGCCUUAAAUCAGCCAAGGGAAUUCAAAAGCAUUAUUGAUACAUCUUUUACUGGCAAAGCAGUUUCAGAAACAAAAUUUGGCAAUUUUGAUGCUGUGGUAGUUGAAGUCUGUGGCAUGUCUUAUCAUAUUGGAAAACAUGUGUUUUACAUGGAAUCAAAUGAUCCUCUUAACUAUGGUUUUUUGUUACCUAACUAACAUAUAACAUUUACGUCAGACUGAACUUUCAUUAAUAAAAUUUGAUUGUGCCUUA